AUGUCAAACAACCUAGGGAACAGCUCCCUUAGUUUACAUUCGUCAAACGUUGUCGGGGUACAUUACAGAGUCGGAAAGAAGAUUGGUGAAGGCAGCUUUGGUGUUAUCUUUGAGGGAACAAACCUUCUAAGUAAUCAACAAGUCGCCAUUAAAUUUGAACCUCGCAAAAGUGACGCACCACAACUCCGUGAUGAAUAUAGAACAUAUAAAAUUCUGGCCGGAAGUCUCGGUAUACCGAACGUCUAUUAUUUCGGACAAGAAGGUCUUCACAAUGUUUUGGCAGUGGACUUACUAGGUCCAAGUUUAGAAGAUUUAUUUGACAUGUGCGGAAGAAAGUUUAGUAUCAAAACAGUUGUCAUGGUAGCCAAACAAAUGCUUACGCGCGUGCAAACAAUUCACGAGAAGAAUCUUAUAUAUCGCGAUAUCAAACCAGAUAAUUUCUUAAUCGGGCGUCCGGGCACAAAAGCUGCAAACGUUGUACACGUAGUCGAUUUCGGUAUGGCAAAACAAUAUAGAGACCCAAGGACAAAACAACACAUUCCUUAUCGAGAAAGAAAAAGUCUCAGUGGUACGGCAAGAUAUAUGAGUAUCAAUACUCAUUUGGGUCGAGAACAAUCACGCCGAGAUGACUUGGAAGCACUCGGACAUGUAUUCAUGUAUUUCCUGAGAGGCGGAUUACCAUGGCAAGGUCUUAAAGCCGCCACAAAUAAACAGAAAUACGAAAAGAUUGGUGAGAAGAAACAAUCAACAUCAAUUAAAGAACUUUGUGACGGUUUCCCAGAAGAAUUCGGGAUUUACCUUAGUUAUGUUCGUAGGCUGGGUUUUGAAGAAAAUCCUGAUUACGAGUUUUUGCGAGAGUUGUUCACCAAAGUUCUAAAGAACAAAAAUGAAGUUGAAGAUGGUAUCUAUGAUUGGAUGCUAUUAAAUGGAGGGAAGGGCUGGGAAGCUAGCGUGGUAAGUGGAUACCUUUAUGUUUUCAGGGCAAUCGUUAGAGACACUCGCGGACCGUCUAUGAACCGUAAUCCGCUGCCAAACAGUCAAUCCAACGCAUUAAUCCAUUCGAAAUCACAGCGUAAUGCAACAAAAGCACAGAAACACAACAGUGCCAUCCUGAACUCUGGAAUCGUCGACGAUAUGAAUGGUCCGUACACGGCCCGAACUGGAAUGAAUGGCGGCAAUGGUGCAAAUAACCCUAAUACACAAGGAAACAAUGGUGCCGAUACAAAUUCUCACCGAAGACGUAGUAUCUGGCAAAAAUUAAUUGGAGUAAUCACAUGCAGUACGUGUUAA